CUUUUUACAUGUAUAAGGGAUUAAUUUGCAAUUGCGACCUGUACAAAUGUUUAAGACAGUAAAACACUUAAAAAAAUGUAAACACAUUAUAAAUGUUAGAAAGUAUAGGUUUUCACCAUUGCUGUGUUCAGGAUUUUUUUUUGGGCGGAGCUAAAACGGUGGCUCGAUGACGCACUGGAGCCACUGAGCUCCUGGCCCCUCCCCAAACAACAUAACUAGAGCACACAUUCGCGUCAGUUCGCCGUUCAAUCGCGAGUUUCUGUGGACUACCAUCGUUUAAAAUGUUGGCAAGAGGCGAUGAGAUAUUUGGUGCGCUUCCAAACAGGUUCUAGCGUUGAAACGACGGACGAUGACAAGAAGAGAAAGAGAAAGAGAAUCUCAAAUUCCAAGUACAGACCCCAGGCCUCUUCUGAUGAAGAGGAGUCUAGUCUUCCAGAUGCACCAGCAGUGCUGUCGUUUGGACAACCUCUUUUGAGCUUUGAAAACAUUGUUCCUGGUAACAAGGUUUCAGUGCUGCCCGAUGCUCCAGAAGUUGCAUCGAUUCCAGAAAACCAGGAAAAUGUUGUGCCAUCUGUAGACUUCAGAGGUGAACCAGGUUUCUCCCCAGAAAUUCAGACUCCACUUCACAGAGCCAAGAGUUUGAGUACAAGACACUUGACUGGUUACUCGCCGCAGCAGUUUCUGGAUGAAAGGUGUCGAGCUCGUCAAGUACUAAGCUUUACACCCCCAGCAGCAAAUUUACCCUGGCAGCAUAUGGGUGAAAACGCUGGAGGAGAAAGUCAUUGCUCUGUAAUUGGCCCUUGGACUCCCCUGGCAUCUCGUGUACAGCAUGAAGUUUUCAGCUAUGAAGAUUUCCAGAGACUCCAGAAUGAAAAACAAGCCGUGAUGGAGGAGAACCAAGCCCUGAGGGAGGAGAACCAAGCCCUGAGGGAGGAGAACCAAGCCCUGAGGGAGGAGAACCAAGCUCUGAGGGAGGAGAACCAAGCUCUGAGGGAGGAGAACCAAGCUCUGAGGGAAAGCACUGCACGAGCAGCUUCGGAUGACAGCGGCUCACUUCAAGAGCAGGUGAAGCAAGUUGGGACAAUGUUGAAGACGUUUGCUCGCACUGGGCAAUCAGGUGCAGAUCAGACCUUAAUGCUGCGACGUCUUGGAGAGUUUGGCGUGAAGGCGGAAAAAGGCGCCGCACAGCUGAGAGGGACCCACAGCCGACCCCUUAAACCUAGGCUGACUACUGACAUCCCAGCAUCACUGACAACUGGAACCCUUUCUUUAUCCUGCAGUCAGUAACAUCAAGACCCCUAAAGAAGCCAGAAGUGUCAGACUGCACCCCCCAAUCCACACUGUUCACUGUGGAUAUUAUCAUAGUGCUUAACUUAUUAUAUUGUUAAAUAUAGCUUGUAAAUCCUUGUGCCACAGGUCAGCAUUGCAGUUAUAUCUGUUCUACUACUUUUUUUACCUCAGUAUUUUUUAUAUAUAUAUUUGAAGAUGUUUAUCACAGAUACAAGAGACAUCUUGUACCCCAGGUCAGCAAUGCCAUUAUAAUGGUCUAUUCUACUCCAGAGCUUUAUUCUAAAUUAUUACCACUUAUCUUAUUGUUAGAAAUGGCUUGUAAAUGUGAUGUUAUACCUGAAUUUUUUUUGGUGUCCUGCACAUUCUUUGGUACCAGAUAUACUCAUUACUUAUGUUUACUGGUAAUUCUUUUCAUGCCAGAGCUGACCUCUUUAUAUUAUUAACAAUUAUUGUAAGUGUUAUAAUUUGCUUGAAAGCUAAGGCUGUUUUUUUUUUUUUUUACAAUUUAAUUGGAAACCUGCAUGUGUGUGUGUGUGUAUUUUUUUUUUUCUCUUUUUUUCUGUUAUUUAUAUUUCAGGGAUCUGACAUCAUGUUUCAAUGACAGUUACUGUACUUUGAAAUGUGGAAUUAAAACGUCAAAUGGAAA